CAGCUUAGACACCUCCAGCAUCACAAUGCUCUUCCUGAAGCUCAUGCUACUCAGCUUACUUACUGCAGCACCUGGCUUACUUGUUUCUGGAGAGAACAUGAUUACCUGCUAUGGUUAUGUCCAGCACCUGCACUGUGACACUGGACUGAUAAUAGUGAAGUCUUCUGUGUACGGCCGUACAGACAGCAACAUCUGUAGUACUAAUCACCCCCCUAGUCAGGUUGCUAAUACCAGCUGUGCCUUGGAGAUUUCCACAAUUGCUGAUAGAUGCAAUGGACUAAGAGAGUGUGAAUUAAAGACGGAUUUACUUGGCAACCCUGACCCAUGUUAUGGAACUUACAAGUACUACAACACCACCUACGACUGCUUCAAUGGCCGGCUUGUUGUGAUCUGUGAGCAUGGCUACAGCACACUGGACUGUGGAGAUGGUUAUAUUUACAUCAUAAAUGCAAACUACGGGCGUGGUGAUUCUAUAACCUGUUCAAGUGGACUCCCCAGUACUUGGACGGAGAACACCAACUGUUACGCUCCGAACACACACUCAACUGUGGCCGCACUGUGUAAUGGACGGAAGAGUUGCACUGUAGAAGCUUCAUCCACCAUUUUUACAGAUCCUUGUGUUGGGACUGCUAAAUACCUCGCUGUGUCCUACAUCUGCUCUAGGGAAAUUGUGGCCUGUGAACUCUAUACUGCUGUGCUGAACUGUGGUGCUCAUCGUAUAAAGAUUAUUUGGGCUAACUACGGCCGAACCGAUUCCACCACAUGCUCUGAUGGACGACCUGCCAUUCAACUCUCCAACACAAACUGCUACACGUCUGACACAGAAAAUAAAGUUGUAGCUAGAUGUGAAGGACAGAGCAGCUGCCUGGUCCCUGCUACCAGUAAUUUCUUCUCUGACCCCUGCCCUAAGACCUAUAAGUACCUGAAAAUUGUGUAUGCCUGUAUCUGAUUUACUGGCAGAAUAACUUUUGGGAAUAACUUUUGGGAACUUCUGGAAUUCCAGCUUUCUCCCCAGUGGCUUCUCUUCAGCCUGAAAAAGAAUCAGACCAAGUUUUACAUACGCAGCCAUGCAGAUGAUACAGUGCAGGAGUUUUGGUGUUAGUGUACUUAACAUUUGCAUGCUAUAUAAUUUUUACAUUUAGAUUUACAUUUACAUAAUCAACUGCUGUAAUGAUUUUAUUUCUGAAACUUACUUAUUUGCUCUUACAUGUAAUCACUUCCUCCUAAACUAAUCCACUUUAAUUAUGACUG